CCUCGGGGAGGGUGCGCGCGCGUUCAGCGGCCUCUUUGUGUGGUGCCCAGAUAGGGGAGCGGAGGUGGCGGCGGCGGUAGCGGUGGCCUUGGUUGUCUUCCAGUCUCCUCGGCUCGCCCUUUAGCCGGCACCGCUCCCCUUCCCUCCCCCUUCCUCUCUUCCUUCCUUCCCUCCCCUUCCCUUUUUCCCUUCCCCGUCGGUGACCGGCGGGGGUGGCUCCAGCAACGGCUGGGCCCAAGCUGUGUAGAGGCCUUAACCAACGAUAACGGCGGCGACGGCGAAACCUCGGAGCUCGCAGGGCGGGGGCAAGGCCCGGGCCUUGGAGAUGGAGAAUUCUCAGUUGUGUAAGCUGUUCAUCGGCGGCCUCAAUGUGCAGACGAGUGAGUCGGGCCUGCGCGGCCACUUUGAGGCCUUUGGGACUCUGACGGACUGCGUGGUGGUGGUGAAUCCCCAGACCAAGCGCUCCCGUUGCUUUGGCUUCGUGACCUACUCCAAUGUGGAGGAGGCCGACGCCGCCAUGGCCGCCUCGCCCCAUGCCGUGGACGGCAACACUGUGGAGCUGAAGCGGGCGGUGUCCCGGGAGGAUUCGGCGCGGCCCGGUGCCCAUGCCAAGGUUAAGAAGCUCUUUGUCGGAGGCCUUAAAGGAGACGUGGCUGAGGGCGACCUGAUCGAGCACUUCUCGCAGUUUGGCACCGUGGAAAAGGCCGAGAUUAUUGCCGACAAGCAGUCCGGGAAGAAGCGUGGAUUCGGCUUCGUGUAUUUCCAGAAUCACGACGCGGCAGACAAGGCCGCGGUGGUCAAGUUCCAUCCGAUUCAGGGCCAUCGCGUGGAGGUGAAGAAGGCAGUCCCCAAGGAGGAUAUCUACUCCGGUGGGGGUGGAGGCGGCUCCCGAUCCUCCCGGGGCGGCCGAGGCGGUCGGGGGCGCGGCGGUGGUCGAGACCAGAACGGCCUUUCCAAGGGCGGCGGCGGCGGUUACAACAGCUACGGUGGUUACGGCGGCGGCGGUGGCGGCGGCUACAAUGCCUACGGAGGCGGCGGCUGCGGUUCGUCCUACGGUGGGAGCGACUACGGUAACGGCUUCGGCGGCUUCGGCAGCUACAGCCAGCAUCAGUCCUCCUAUGGGCCCAUGAAGAGCGGCGGCGGCGGCGGCGGCGGCGGAGGCAGCAGCUGGGGCGGUCGCAGUAAUAGUGGACCUUACAGAGGUGGCUAUGGCGGUGGGGGUGGCUAUGGAGGCAGCUCCUUCUAAAAGAAAAUUUAAAAUGCCUGGGAGUGGCUAUAGGGGUAGCUCUUUUCAACAGCCCAAGUGGGGUCAACUCCUAAGCCCCACCCCCUCACACCGCCUUCCCUGUUUUGCCCUUGGGGGAGCCACUUCUAAGGCUGCUUACCCUUGGGGGUGUUCCUCUAUUUGCCUGCCACCUCUCUUGUCUCUCCCUCUGAAGAUGGACUCGGCCUCACAUACACAUUUUUGUGUUACAGUCAUUGAUGGACUCUAUUUUUUUAUUAUUACUUGGACCUUGGUCGUUUUUAUACUAGCAAAAUGUCUUGUUUUAAUUUGUGUUUUUUGGGGGGAGGGAGGGAGUGAACUUGCUGAUUCUGUAGCAAAACCUGGGUGGGGGUUGGGGUGGGGGGUAGUUUACUUUGUUGUAAGGACUUAAUAACCUGGCUACAGCGUUUUCUAUGAAAUCUACUUGGAUCCCAUGCCUGAAAUUUGGAAGCAUAUGUACAAAAAUCAUUUUUACGUUUUAUUUUUAAUAAAUCAUUGUGUUUGACCGUAUAUGUCUAACAUUUUUUUUCUAGGAUCCAUUCCGUACCGUUUUUAAGGGAUAUUUGUUUAAGACUUUACGUGUUAAUUCUUUAUUCUUGAUGUGUACUUAGAGAAACUUAAGAGGUCCUGUGGUUUUUUUCCCCUAUCCUGUUGCCCUGCUAGUUGCGUGUUGAAUUAUAUCCCUUACAGGCAAAACUUUUGAAGUGGUGGAUGUGGCUUUUUAAACUCUUAAGUUUCUGUGCAUCCAUCUCUUGUACUAAGCGAAUUGCUUAUCAUCUUGACAUGGUUGGUCAUUUCUAUGACAAUUUACUUCAAACUGUGUACUGUGUAGUUCUAUAUAGUUUGUGUUAAGCAUGUCAUUCAUAUAAACUGUUUAAAAUUUUUCAGAUGGCCUAGUUUCAUCCCUCUUACUGGUUUGUCUGUAAUGAAUGGUUAAAAAUAAGGGUUAUAUUUUACCCUCAAAUGCGUUUUUGUACUUUCAGAGCAGGUUUAAACGGUUUUUUUUUUCCUAUAUCUGAACUGUUGUCCUCAUGGAAAUCCUUUUCUCGAUAUUUGUCACCAUCUACUGGCAGAAUGGCAGAGUAGCUGUGAAUUUGUUUAAAAACUUGCUUAGGACAAUUGCAUCAGAUUUAGAAGUUUUGCCAUCAAAAUUCUUUGCAGAAUUGGAAGUUACACAUUCGCUUGUAACUGAGAUGGGCUUCACGGGAAUAGUUGCCAGUUCAUAUCACAAUUGCCCUUUCUAUAUGAGGUUUGAAAAUGUAAAAUGUUAUGCAUAGCUUGGGCAAUAGCCCUAAAUUGCUAUGACAACUAAUGAACCAGCUACGUAUACUGGUAUUUUAGGUGCAAGUUGUAAAGCAAAAUAUCUGUGUAUUCUGCUUGGUUAACAAAUGUAUAUUUGUAGCCCUUUCCUGCAAUAGCAUUCAAGUUGUUGUUUAUAAGAGAAGAACAAAACUGAUAAUAGGAGAAAAUUGCCUUUCUGGAUAGAAAUAGAGAAUAGCAACGUUUAUGGAUAUCACAAAUAAAGAAUUCAAUUCUUUACAUGAUUGAGUGAGAGUAUGUAUAACCUGGUGGGUGGGUUCAGAGUACCUUUUAAUCUAGUAUGCUUAAUUUGAUGUUAAUAUUUAACUUAAAUAUUUGACUUAAAUAUUGACGUUGAAGGCCCAAAGCUCUACUAAGAAGCUUUCUGAAAGAUUGGGCUUUAAAAUAAAAUAAUAUUUUAAUAUUGAA